AUGUCCGCUACACCGCCCCAUGCAGCCCCUGCCACCGCAGGCGACAAGACCCCCGAACUCGUCACCAGACGUGAGAAGCGCCCUCGUCAAGAUGACGGAGAAGAUGAUCGUGACAGAGCUGGCAGAUCUCACCGCUAUAGGCGCGACGGUCCCAACGAUGGACUGGAACAUGAAGAUCCUGAACGGGAACGCAGACGCCACCGACACCGGGAUGAGACGGAAGAAGAACGCCGGGAGCGCCAUCGCCGUAGGGAUGCAGAGACAGAGGAAGAAAGAGAAGACAGGCGGAGGAGACGGAGGGAGAGGGACGAGCGGGAGAGGGAAGAGAGGGAAAGGGGAGAUGUGAGGAGAGACUCUAGGGAAAGGGAGGACCUGAGGAGAGGCUCGAGGGAGAUCUCGGUGGGUAGGCCUGCGAGUCAGCGUGAUCGAUCGAGGGAGAGUCACAGGAGCUACAAGAGUCAUAGGGACGACCGACCUCCUGUUGAUGAUGUGCGAGACAGGCGGGGCUAUGAUGAUAGGCGAGAGGACAGGGGUUAUGGAGGUAGGAGAGGCUAUGAUGACAGACGAGACCACGGCCGUAGAGAAUUCGAGGAACGAGGUAUCCGCCCCAUGCGAUCACCCCUUCCCAUGCGCCGCCGAACUCCGGACUACGACCAGCCCCCUCGCCGUCGAGGCCCGCCUCCUCAGGAUGUCGACCCCAAGGGGCGAACCGUCUUUGUCUCCCAGCUGUCUGCCAAGAUGACUUCGCGUAUCCUUGGCAUGUUCUUUGAGGACAAGCUUGGACCGAGGUCAGUGCGAGAGGCAAGGGUCGUGACUGACCGCGGUGGUCGAAGGUCUCGAGGUAUUGGACAUGUCGAGCUGGACAGCGUGGACCUCGUCAACAAGGCGCUGGAACUUUCUGGUACAGUCGUCAUGGGUAUCCCGAUCAGCAUUUUGCUCUCUGAAAAUGACCUUGGCGGACAGGAGCUCAUCACCGCUCAUGCCCUCGCUAGUGUGCCUCAAGGUUUCGACCCCAAUUUGCACAAGGGCAACCGACUUUUCGUCACCAACCUUCCCUUCUCGCUUGGGCCUGCUGAUUUGAAACAGGUGUUUGAGCCGUUUGGUGCGAUAGAGUUUGUGGAUUUGCACAUGGACAACAGUGGAUUGAAAAAGGGUACAGCCUACGUACAGUACAAAGAACUGAGACCGGCGCAGAUGGCCCAGGACGCUAUGGCUGGCUUUGAGCUGGCCGGACGACCAAUCCGGGUUCAACAAGUCCAAGACCGCUCAUUCCACCAAACCCCCGACAUGAUUGACGACUCCAAGGACUACGGCACCAAGCUCGACGCUACCCAGCGUCAACAGCUGAUGUACAAGCUUGCUAGGACCGAGGCGCCUCCUGCCGCGCGAAACGACGCACCGAGCCGUGCCCCCGCGCCGGCUAUGAACCCGUCCCCGUUCCUCGUCGUCAGCAACAUGUUCAACCCCGAAGAGGAAACUGAAAGGAACUGGGAUCUUGACCUCGCAGAGGAUGUCAAGGGCGAAGUGGAAUCCAAGUACGGUAAAGUCGUGCGGAUCAAGGUGGAAAAGAUGUCUGCUGGCGAAGUCUACAUUGAAUUUGCCGAAAUCGACUCUGCUACCAAUGCUAUCCGCGGACUCAACGGCAGGUUCUUUGGUGGAAGGAUGUUGAUGGCUGGGUACAUCUCCGAGACGCUCUUCAAAGCGCAUCUCUAA